CUUGUUUGUUCCUCCGCUUCCGUGGCGUGGCUGAUGUUCUGGUUGUUGUCUGGUCUGGUCUGGUCUGGCUGAUACCCUCCGGCAGCCCACCGAUGAUGAAUGAAUGACAUCACAGGCCGUCGUCCAUCCUGCCGCCCACAUCGCCCGGCAGGCCGUUCAUCAUGACCACCCCGCCGCCUUUCUUGCCGUACACCGAGGGAGGCGGCAUGACCGACAGACGGACAGCCGGGCCGGGCUCGGUCUUCCGCCGGGUGUGCUUGUAGUCGUGGAAGCGCACCACGCUGUAUGUCAGCAGCAGCACUAUCGACAACCCUAUAAACACAUACAACCACACAUACAAUACAGAAGCAGCAAUGUGACGGCGACCUUACCGAUGCCCGCGAAGGCGCGCACAGUUAUGCGCUCACCCAGAAACACCUGACCACACCACAGACGAAUGAGAGGAAUGGAAUGGACCCACACACAGGCAAUAAAUAUCGGAGUGCAUCAGCACAUCAAGGUGUCGUGUCUGUGAGACAAGACAUACCUACCACUGAUAUCAGGAUGGUUGCCAUCUCCUUGCCCACACCAGCCACCGUCAUCGACAGGGAGCUCGUCAGACCUGCAUAGACAGACAGACAGACAGACACAUUCACAGACCCAUCAGUGCAUUCAAUGGACGGAUGGAUGGAUGGAUAAAUGGGUCUCGGCUUGGCUGCCUACCUACGAGUCUGAAUUCGGAGAGAUGGACGGCGAAGGCCACCAACACAGAGAGGGCCACCAAGAAGAGGGCGGACAUCAGCUUUGGCACAUCAGGCAGCGCCAAGUCAGCCUCUGCACACCAGACAGGACAGGCACGCAGGCCCGCAUCCAUCACCACAACCGCUCUGUGCUCUGUGUCUGUGUGUCCCUCCCUCCCUCCCUCUGUUUGUGUGUCUGUGUCUGUGUGUGCUUACGAACCAACAAGUCGUUGUACGUCGAUGGCUACGGCUGCCGGUGCGAGGCAGAAGGUGGCUGCCGGUUGUGUGAGGAUGAGGAGCUGCAGGGGCUGCAGGUGGCGCGUCUGCAGCAUGUGGUGGAUGAUGACCCACCGGAUGGCCGACGCCACCACCGCCCCCAGCAGAAACACGACUCCCAGACUGUUGUGCACCUCCAUGUCACGCACUGUCAGCGAUAUCGCCCCCAUUAUCAGACCAACCAACAACAAUGUCAGGCAACGGAACACCUCCAAACCUGCAUGCAGCCACACACACACACACACACAAACGUAUGCGCGCCGCAUCAGUCAUCCAUGUGUAUUUUUUUGUGCGUGUGGUUUGCCGACCGAAUGCAAGGCCUAGGAGGUACGUCACAACCACAAUGCUGCUCUUAAUGACCUGCAAACACACACACACACACACACACACAGCAACACCUGCGGUCUGCCCAUUUGCUUGCCUGGCCGCCUCACCGUCAUGACGGACACCGAGACCAUGCUGUACGACUCAUUGCUCAGCGAUAUGUCGGCCGCAGUGCACAGAGCAACUGCAAGCGACACACACGGGCAGACAGGCACACAGGCACACACAGACAGACAGCAGAUGAGUGUGAGUGAACGAUGUGCAGCUUCAAUCCAGCCGCAGGCCGCCCGCCAGCGGUGCUCACUCACUUGGCACAAUGAAUCUGAGGUACAUCGUGCCAGAGAUGGCGGGAAAGUCCGGGAACCAGGAAAGGAAGGCAAAACUCUGCCAAGACAGACGCCACCAGUGAGUGACAUUGCAUUGCAUUGCAUUGCAGGCCCCUCCCUCAUCCAUCGGUUGACAACGCGCUGUGUUCAUCACGUUAGUUACCGAUCUGAGGAGCAGGCUCAUGAAGCCAAAGUGGAUGAACGUCACCAGAAUGGGAUACUGGAAGCCAAGAGUGUCCUGUGCGUUGGACCACACACAACACACAUCUGCUGACUCAGGUAGAUGCCUUCUGACAAGUGAGUGGAGUGUGUGCCGUACCAAAAUGUACUUCAUCAGAAAGGUGAGCGACAGCGAGGCGGCGUACCACGAAAGCACCGCACAUGCCACUGCACAGAUCUGCCCGGCCACCGACUCACCCAUCAGGACACCCGCCGCUGCCACAUAUCGAUCUCAGCGCAGAAGGCAGCAAGAUCUGCCAGGGGCUCACAGACAGCACAACGUCCGGUCCUUUUCCUCUUCCUCGCCCUUGCGAGGCGAGCUCGUAACUCAGAAGAGAGAAAAA